ACUAGCUCCCCGCAUAGCCCAGGUAUGUCUGUCUUUUGACUUUUCCUUGCCAUGGACUUUUUUCUCCAGAAUUUUGUUGGUCCCACGGUUAGCCAGUCUGCUCAGAAUUUGAAGGUUCCGCGUGAGGUGCCAGGAUCAAGGAAACUUGCCGUUUUGGCAAUUACUCCACCGGAUAUUCGUGUUCUAAGCUUCGCGAGAGAUCGUUGCUGCACGAUAAACAAUAUGGCGUUGGCUUUAUUGCGUCGCGUGGUGCUACCACUCUAUUGCGUGGUUCUGAACCCCAGUAUGGAGUAGAUAUCCUUAAAAAGGCCCUGCGGAGUACCCCCAGGACGAUCCUUUUCAUUCUCCGCAUUUUUUUGUCUUUCCCCAGAGGAACAGUCAUUGUUACUAUUAAUCAAGAUCCUUUAUUGGUGUUGACCAUGCGCUUGAGUCCGUCGUGGUACCAGUUCCUGGUGGGCGUCUUCGCCUCCCUGGGUUCGUUCCUUUUUGGCUAUGAUUUGGGUGUCAUUGCAGAAGUCAUUGCGUGCCAAUCUUUCGAGGCAAAGUUUACCGCAAAUGACACGCAAACUGGAUUGGUAGUGUCCAUGUUUACGGCGGGAGCGUUCUUUGGCGCAGGGUUUGCUGGUCCCACCGGUGAUUAUUUGGGACGACGAUGGACCAUCGCGAUCGGUUGCCUCGUCUUCUGCCUCGGAGGAGGUCUUCAAACUGGUGCUCAGACCAUUGCAUACUUGUACACCGGACGAUUCUUCGCCGGGCUUGGGGUUGGUUUCCUCACCAUGAUCGUUCCCAUGUACCAAGCCGAAAUCUGCCACCCCAAGAUCCGAGGCCGUGUAACGUCCUUGCAGCAGUUCAUGCUGGGUGUCGGUGCGCUGUGCGCCGCGUGGAUCUCAUAUGGUACCUACGUCGGAUUUGAUCCAUCGAACAACGCCCAGUGGCAAGUCCCACUUGGUCUGCAGAUUGCCCCUGCAGUCGUCCUGGGUCUACUGAUUAUGUUCUUUCCUGAGUCACCUCGUUGGCUCAUCGACCAUGGCUUCAACGAAAAGGGCCUGGCGACCCUCGCAAAGCUCCAUGCUCAUGGUAAUGAGGAUGACGCGUGGGUGCGCGCAGAGUACAAUCAGAUUCAGGAGAGCAUUGUGUAUGAGCACGAGCACGAGGCCAAGUCCUACAGUGAGUUAUUCACUAAUCGGUCGUCCUUCCGCCGCCUUUUCCUGUGCUGUGCCGUGCAGGCGUCCGUGCAAAUGACUGGUGUCUCGGCUAUCCAGUACUAUUCUGUGACCAUCUACAAACAGAUCGGCAUUGCGGGCGACGACACGCUCAAGUACCAGGCUAUCAAUUCAAUUAUCGCUUUGGUCGCGGAGUGCCUAUGCAUGGCGUUCAUUGAUCGUUUCGGCCGUCGCUGGACUCUCAUCGGUGGCAAUCUGGGCAACAUGGUCACCUUCAUCAUCGCGUGUAUCCUGCUGGCGCGGUUCCCUCCUGAAGCCAACAACACCGGUGCUCAUUGGGGCUUCAUCAUCAUGACCUGGUUGUACAACUUCUCCUUCUCGUGCACCUGCGGUCCCCUUUCGUGGAUUAUCCCUGCCGAAGUCUUCGACACACGGACCCGUUCGAAGGGUGUCUCCAUUGCCACAAUGACAUCGUUUGCGUUCAACACCAUGAUCGGUCAAGUGACGCCCAUCGCCAUGACAAAUAUCCGCUACCGCUACUACUAUCUCUUCAUCAUCUGCAAUUUCACUAAUGCACUGUUUUUCUGGCUGCUCCUUCCCGAGACCAAGAAAUUGCCUCUCGAGGAGAUGAACUACCUGUUCUCCAACGCUCCCUGGAUCGUGCCUGGUUCUCGCAAGGAGGAUUAUACCCCGCACGACUUGGAGCGCAAGGUCGAGGAACAGCAAGAGAAACAGGCUGUUUUUGCGACGCAUCACGAGUGAAUUCUGUGAUAAUGACGAGAAGAGUGCAGAUAGCCGGGGAGUGAGGAACAAGGCUGCUUCCACAAUCCGAUGCCACGUUUCUCGAGCUGUGUAUGUCUGAGAUGGAGUGAGAAUGUCUUGUAUUUUGUUCUUUCCUUGACACUUUGUCAUUGGAUUGGGAAGAUGUACAUGGACUAUUUAAGAAGGUUAGCUUUUGACCGAUAUCUCAGGUAUCAUAAUGAAC